UCCCGGCCCCGGCCCCGCCCCCUGGCUUGUGCUGUGGCUGCAGUGGGCCCGCAGCAUGGACGCCCCCGGCAGUCUGUGCAAGAAAGUCAAGCUGAGCAACGACGCGCAGAGCUGGGGGAUGCAGAGAGCAACAAAUGUCACCUACCAAGCUCACCAUGUCAGCAGGAACAAGAGGGGCCAGGUGGUGGGGACCAGGGGUGGCUUCCGUGGCUGUACCGUGUGGCUGACAGGUCUGUCGGGCGCGGGCAAGACCACGGUGAGCAUGGCCCUGGAGGAGCACCUGGUGUGCCACGGCAUCCCCUGCUACACCCUGGACGGCGACAACAUCCGCCAGGGCCUCAACAAGAACCUGGGCUUCAGCCCCGCGGACAGGGAGGAGAACGUGCGUCGCAUCGCAGAGGUGGCCCGGCUGUUCGCGGACGCCGGCCUGGUGUGCGUCACCAGCUUCAUCUCCCCCUACACGCAGGACCGUCACAACGCUCGUCAGAUCCACGAGGCCGCCAGCUUGCCGUUCUUUGAGGUGUUUGUGGAUGCACCCUUGCACGUGUGUGAGCAGAGGGACGUGAAGGGGCUCUACAAGAAGGCGCGGGCGGGAGAGAUCAAAGGUUUCACUGGGAUCGACUCUGAAUAUGAAAAGCCCGAGGCCCCAGAGUUGGUGCUGAAAACAGACUCCUGUGACGUCAAUGACUGCGUCCAGCAGGUGGUGGAACUGCUCCAGGAACGGGACAUCGUGCCCGUGGACGCCUCCUACGAAGUGAAAGAACUGUACGUGCCCGAAAACAAGCUUCACCUUGCCAAAACGGAUGCAGAGACGCUGCCAGCCCUGAAAAUUAGUAAGGUGGACAUGCAGUGGGUGCAGGUCCUGGCGGAGGGCUGGGCGACGCCCCUGAACGGCUUCAUGAGGGAGCGGGAAUACCUGCAGUGUCUCCAUUUUGAUUGUCUCCUGGACGGAGGCGUCAUCAACCUGUCGGUGCCCAUUGUCCUGCCAGCCUCGCGGGAGGACAAGGACAGGCUGGAUGGCUGCACCGCCUUCGCCCUGGAGUUCGAGGGCCGCCGUGUGGCCAUCCUCCGCAACCCUGAGUUUUUCGAGCACCGGAAGGAGGAGCGCUGUGCCCGCCAGUGGGGCACCACCUGCAAGGACCACCCCUAUAUCAAGAUGGUGAUGGAGCAAGGAGACUGGUUGAUUGGAGGAGACCUUCAAGUCUUGGACCGAAUUUACUGGAACGACGGCCUUGACCAGUACCGGCUCACCCCUGCUGAACUGAAGCAGAAGUUUAAAGAUAUGAAUGCCGACGCCGUCUUCGCCUUCCAGCUGCGCAACCCGGUGCACAACGGCCACGCGCUGCUGAUGCAGGACACGUAUCGCCAGUUGCGGGCGCGCGGCUACCGGCGGCCCGUGCUGCUGCUGCACCCGCUGGGCGGCUGGACCAAGGACGACGACGUGCCGCUGGCCUGGCGCAUGAGGCAGCACGCGGCCGUGCUAGACGAGGGUGUGCUCAGCCCCGAGGACACCGUGGUGGCCAUCUUCCCGUCGCCCAUGAUGUACGCCGGGCCCACCGAGGUCCAGUGGCACUGCCGAGCGCGGAUGGUGGCCGGAGCCAACUUCUACAUCGUGGGCCGCGACCCCGCGGGCUUGCCACACCCGGACACGGGCAAGGACCUCUAUGAGCCCACGCACGGCGCCAAGGUGCUGACCAUGGCCCCCGGCCUGAUCACCCUGGAGAUCGUCCCCUUCCGAGUGGCCGCCUACAACAAGAGGAAGAAGUGCAUGGACUACUACGACUCGGAACAUCACGAAGACUAUGAAUUCAUCUCGGGAACACGGAUGCGCAAACUGGCCCGCGAAGGCCAGAAGCCUCCAGAAGGUUUCAUGGCACCCCAGGCCUGGGCCGUGCUGGUGGAGUACUACAAGUCCCUGGAGAAGGCCUGAGCUGGGGGCCAGCUCGCACCUGAGCCCACAGAGCACGAAGGGACCACAGUGCCACGCCUAGAAUAUUUCGUGUGUCUGUCUGUGGCCCUCCUUGCUUGUCCGUCCCCACCCCGAGGCCAUGCCUGUCCCCUCUGUUCCUCUGAGCUGGUAUGACACCCUCUCUGUCGUAGGCCACUCUUGCUGUCCGUGUGGUUCAGUGUCCUGUCCUGCAGUUUUAAAACCUUGCCUUUUUAUAUCCUAUUUAUGCACCCGUCUCAUGUUAUUAUCCCCCUUCAAAAAGAAAAAAAAACUCUAUUAGUUCUGUCCAACGGCAUAUACAUGGAGUCUCACUUUCCUUCCUUGGGGUGGGGCUGGGAGUGGGUGCAGACUCCCUAAGGGGUUGACCACGUCUGGGGACUUUUACAGAACAUCUCUAACAAUUACAGGUUUUUGUUUUUUUUUUUCUACAUUGAAAAUAUAAAGACUAUUCUUUCUUCCUUUCGAUCAGCUAUAUUGAUUUCUCUGCCCUUAUAACGUUGAGUACUCUUAUGACCUGUGUACGGCCUAAAUGAACUUUCUUUAUUCAAUAAAAUUAACUUUCUUUGCUUCUUA